UUCAUCCAUUGAGAUCUCUAUUUGCUUAAAGCAGCAUUCCUGCUUCUAGUGUAGGAGAGGGCUGCAGAGGAGUCUUGCUUUUCAGCUCUGACAAAGCCAAUGAUUCACACGCCACCAGAAUGUCUUCAGCCUCCAGUUUCCAUCCACAAAUGAGCCCUGGGACUUGCUAAAGGCAGCUGAAUCCUAAUUCUCAAUGCAUCCUAGCCCGGGGAAUAUACAUGCUCCUAUUUAUCCCGGCUGGCCAUUAGGCAAUAUUGAAUCCUCAUGUGAAAAAAAAGCUGGGCGACCGCUGUAGGCACAUGCAUUAUUGGCUGUGAAACCUCCAGCUCCUUUCUCUGGCAGCCAGACAGAUGCUAUUUACCUGGUCGUUCUGUAAAUAAUGAGAUAGGCUACCAUGGAUUUCAGCAACUCGUCUGUGUUUGAUCAGCAUAAAGGUGAUUCAGAAGAGAUUGACCUAACAGUGGUUUACCAAGCAUCAGCUAAUGGAGAUGUCAACACAUUGACAGCAAUCAUCCGGGAAGAUCCAUCAAUAUUAGAAUACUGUGACAAUGAAGGUUGCACCCCCUUGAUGCAUGCAGUGUCGGGACGUCAAGUUGAUACCGUCAAAUUAUUAUUGAAAAUGGGAGCAAACAUUAAUACUCAAGAUGCCUGUGGGAGAACAAGUUUAUCAGUAGCAACUUAUCUGGGAUGGCUAGAAGGCUGCGUAAGUCUCCUCAGGAAUGGCGCCAAACAGAAUAUUCCGGAUAAAAAUGGACGACUUCCACUGCAUGCAGCCACCGCUGAGCCUGAUGCCAGACUCCUAGCCGUGUUGUUGCAGCAGUCGACGCUGAGUGAAAUAAACCAUCAGGACAAUGAGGGGAUGACAUCGCUUCACUGGGCUGCGUUCCAUAACCGACCUCAACAUGCACAGGCGCUACUGCAAAAAGGAGCAGAUCCUACUCUGGUUGACAAAGACUUUAAAACACCUCUUCAUUGGGCUGUGCAGAGUGGCAAUAGGAUCCUAUGUUCAAUUAUCCUGGAUAACCAGCAAGGGCAAUCAACAAUCAACUAUGAUGAUGAGAAUGGGAAGACAUGUAUGCACAUAGCAGCUGCUGCCGGCUACGGUGAUAUUAUCUGUGAACUUGCCCGUGUCCCAGAAUGCAAUUUGCAAGCCCUUGAUGUUGAUGAUCGAACUCCAUUGCACUGGGCAGCGGCAGCAGGAAAACCUGAAUGUGUCCAGACCCUUCUGAAGCUAGGUGUUGAUAUGAACCCCCGGGACAUCAACGAAAACACUCCAUUAACCUAUGCUAUGUACUGUGGCCACACGGCAUGCAUCAAACUGCUUUCCCAGGAAAACAGAUCAGACCCAUUUCAGCCAUUUGCAUCACCGGGCACAAAAGCCAUGAGAAAAGAAGGACGUCUCACUGUGUUGAAUCAAAUAUUUUCUUGCAAGAAGAAGAAGGUGGAUCAGAAAGCACAUCAGAAAGACAAACUCAGGUAUCACCGGGAGGAGACAUCGGAGGUCGAUGACAUUAUCACAACAUUUGAUUGCAUUCUGGACACCAACUGUAAAGAUCCCCCAGAUGAGAGAUUAAACUCAUUAAACGGCAAAAAAAGAGUUGCAGAAUCCCAAAAGUACUUAUUACCAGACAGCAAGGAGAACUGCAAAGGUCUUCCUCCGAUAAGAACCCAGAGCCUUCCGCCCAUCACCCUUGGGCACACCUUUUUGACAUCUAACAGUGUGAUUUCAAAAGACCCCCAGAAUAAUGCUUUUCAUUUUGCUCAUAGGUCUCAGAAAAGCAAAAGUGAACAUGAUUUAUUUGACAACAGAAUUAGUUGCAAAACUCUAAAAGAUAAUCCUUGGAAUAUAGCUGCUAACCAAAUAUUAUCCCAUAAAGCAUGGACAUCUCCUCAUCCAGACAAUCCCAAGGAUCAUGUUUUUUCCAAGAACACCACCCGUAUGGAAGGUCAGCUGCCCCCCCAAGUCCCUUCAAUGGAGAACACAUUUUCAGGUAUAAAAUGUCAUCAUUCAAAACAAAUGUCGCAGGAAAAGCCAAGAAUAAAGGAAUUUUGCUUAACAAGAAAUAGUUUAGCUCCAAUACCGGACCACUGUGUUAAAAAAAUCCAGCUGCCUCCUGGUCAAGUCUGUCAGGGUGUGAAGAAGUCAAUGUCUCUGCCUUUAAACUCAUUACGAACUGGGAAUAAUUUAUCACCAUUAAUAAUUUCUAAAACUCAGAGUCACUCCUUGUAUUCGUUCCUCCCUGUUUUAAGAAGAGAGCCUCUACGGACGACCCGCGUCCUCCCUGCUAUUCCUAGCCAGAAAGGACAAAGUACGACAGAGAACAACUCUGAUUCUAAUGGCUAGUUAACUGUUUCUGUCUGUAUGUGAUUAUCUAGGCAGAUUAUUUUCUGUAUGAAAUAAAAAUAUAUAUAUAUGUAUGUCCACUGUUAGUAAUGAGAGAGAGAAAGCAUCAUUUUGAUUUUUCUACGAAAGCAAAUCAUUUUUAUAAGUUAGCAUUUUGUGAUCUUCCAUGCCAAAAAUAUGCGGAUUUUAUUAAAGAAGAAACUUCUACGUGGAGAGAAGAUAAAAUGCUAUAUAUGAGUAUAACAUUUUUAAUUUUUUUAAUUCAAUAUAUUACUUUAACCUUACAUAAAAAAGGAAUGGAAAAUAAAAGUACAUUUAUAAGA